CAACAUCGACAACAACAGCAGCAGCAGCAGCAAAUACAAAUGAGGACAAGUUGGAUUUGAUGUGCAAUGGGUGUGAUUAUUUUGCCCCUGCAACAUCGAUACUUAUCGAUAACAGCACGCAAACAGAAAACGAUUUCGAUGAAGAUGCACUCGCAGCAGCAGCAGCAGGAGCCAAGUCGGCAUCGCAGCUAUCGCGAAUAGUAGAGGAAGAGCUAGACGUUGAAUGUGAAGAUGAGACUGAAAGUGAUGAAGAUGAUGAGAAUCAAAUUGAUAGCCCAGCAGCAACCGAUGCUGACUUUACGGAGCAAGUGUUGCCCAAGGAGCAGCGGCAAUUUAUAAUUAAAUCGGCAACAUCUGCAGCUCAGCAGCAACCUUUUGUCAGUGUCAGCAGCAGCGACAGCCACGAGGAGCUGCAGGUGGAUGUGGCACGUUUAACGGGACUCGCACUGGAAAUGGGCUACGCACGCAUUAUAGACUACGAUAACUUGCGCAUAAUUGAGCACGUCAUCGAUAGCGAUGAUGAGGAGGACGAUGAUGAUGAUGAUGUGGCUGGUGAUGUUGAUAGCGAUGCGGAGGCAACAACAUCAUCAACUGCAGCGGCUAAGCGUGCGGAGCUACAGCAGGCCUGUCAGGAUUUGGUGGCUUUCAUAGAUGAAAGCUAUCAGCUAAUCGACAGAGCGGGCGUAACAGGUGUUGCAGCUGCAGCUGCUGGCGAUACUGCAGCAGCAGCAGCAGCACACAAUAUUGUUGAUAGCAACAACAAUCGCAGCAUUGUGCGUGAUGACGACACAGCAACAAAGGCGGAAUGUCCGAGUGUAAAUGACGCAGGCAAAGCUCAAAUGCAAAUUGCAAUUAACAAUGGCGAGCAGACAAGUCAAAUCGGCACAGCAGCAACAUGCAGCACGGCAGCAACAUCAAGCAGCAGCGCAUUGGUAAAGGCUUAUAAAUCAAAAUUGACGCCAUUGGCGCCACCAUUUCAGCCAGCGGCGCUAAAGACCAAUUUACAGCAAACAGUCAACAGCAACAUCAACCACAACAACAACAACAACAGCAGCAGCAGCAUGGCCAAAGCAGCUGCCACUAGCACCUUAUAUGCAGCCUAUGAACACACAACCGUAUACUAUCAGCAGCAUACAGCGCUGACACAACAGCAGCAACUGCAGCAACAGUUGUCGCCCAAACAGCAGCAGCAGCAGCAGCAACAACAUCAGCAUCAGCAUCAUUGCGCACAACAUGGCGGCAUACCGCACAUUCAUUUGCCAUCUAGCAAUGGGGCUCAGCUGCUGCCCGUACAAUUGAUUACCUUAACGCCAACAGCAGCAGCAGCAGCAGGCACAGCAGCAACAUCCUUGACUGGCGCCGGUACUGCUGUUUCCGCCGCUGCUGCUGCUUCGUGGCCACUUGUGGAGGCGCCAAUUUACAUUGAUAUCAAUGGCGAAUAUCGAAGCUAUUGCCCAGCUCAUGGGCCACCAGCAAUGCCAACUACUGGCGCCACAGCCCAGUCAUUGCUGUCUCACCAGCAACACCAGCAGCAACAUCAGCAGCAGCACCACCAUCAUCAUCAUCAUCAUCAUCUUCAUCAACAACAUCAACAUCAGCAACAACAACAACAACAGCAGCAUCAGCAUCUAGUGCAACAACAUUUGACACCGUCGGCGGCCGCUGUGACAAAUGUUAAUGGAAAUAUCGGCCAGGCAGCAGCAGUGACAGUGCCGCGCUUACUUUUGCAGCAGGACCCGGAUGUGAGUGUCCAGCAGCAGCAGCAACAACAACUCCAACAACAGCAACAGCAACAAAUCGUUUCUGCUGGCAAGCACAGCAAAGUUUAUCGAGGUCCUGCGGCUGUUCAAAUGGUUUCCCAUAAUCGCCCUCCGCCGCCGAUGGUACAGGUGCCGCCAUAUGUCAACGAAAACGGCACGCUCACCCAUGUGGUCCUGCCGCCACAACAGUACCAACAGCUGCAUCCCGGACAAGGACAUCUGCAUGCAGCGCCCUUUAUAAGUGCAAAUGGAACAUCGCAUUUUUAUGCGUCGCUACCCGGUUAUCCGCCGGGUACAGGUCCGGCGGUAAAUGGACCACCACCGCCACCCCACUAUCAUAUGCCGCCGCCGCAGCAGCAGACACCUGGACCUCCAACAGCUCAGCCACAACACACACAUACACAUGCACACACACAUUCCCCGCACUCACCGUCGCCGCCCAACUAUAGAGACGAGCGCAGUCAACGUCAGCAUACGAAGCUACUGCGCAAGCUGGAGAAACAGCGUGAACAGAAUUCCGCUAUGUCCACGCCCACACACUCGCCUUCACCACGGCGCACAGAGCUCAACGGCCAUCACAACAACAACAAUAGCAACAACAACAUUCCAUUGGGACAGCAUAUGCAGCAGCGACGACUGCCUUUACAGCAGCAGCAACAGCUGCAGUCGCAACCACAACGGAAUGGCCAAGCAGCGACGUCAGCAUCAGCACAGCAGCAGCAGCCUCGGGUAGGCAGCAGCGUAGGCGGUGCCAGUUCCAUUGGCAGCUCGGCGGAGGAGGACGAGGAGGAGGAAUACUGCCAUGCACAGAUUGUGGAGCAGAUCUCGGCCAUUGAAAGGCCCAAAGUGAGCGAUGUCAGCUCUCGGGCCGCCAAAAUAAUCUGGCUGUCACCCGCCAUAACAGAUACAUUGCUCGUUAAUGCGCAGGAGUUGCGCUACCAGGUGCUGCUCAGCGACAGCGGCAAGCAGUGCAAGUACAAGAGUCUGUAUCGCGGCGAAUCGAACGAGUGCAUUGUACAGGACCUGCAGCCAGGCCAGGAGUAUCUAGUGCGACUCCAAGUGCACUAUCAACAGCUGCAGGGGAGCGUCAGCGAACCCACGGAGUUCCGCACGCCCGGCUGCGAGCCGGACGCACCGCUGCCGCCCAAACUGGUCUCGCGCACCAAAAGCAGCAUCAACCUGCGCUGGUCGGCCCCAGCAGCCAAUGGCGCUGCCAUACAACAGUAUAUACUGGAGUACGACGAGGGGCGUGGCAACGCCCUGCACUUUGUGGAGCUGGCAAAGACGAAGGCCAAGCACUAUGUGCUCAACAAGCUGCAGCCCAGCACAGUCUACAGCUUUCGCCUGGCCGCAGUCAAUGAGCACGGCCAGAGUCGCUAUUCCCCAGUGAGCAGCUACAGCACCGCUGGCCAGCCGCCAUCGGCACCCAAGCCGCCACAGCUGCAGGCAAGCAGCUCCAGCUCGCUGCGUUUGGUGUGGGUUCGACGCGAGCAGGAUGGCGAGUUCUUGCUGCAAAUGCAGGAUGCGCAGAGCGGACAUGGUUACCUCAAUAGCUACAAGGGCGUUGACACACUUUACGAUUGCCAACAGCUGCAACGCGCCUGCAGCUAUCAGUUUCGCAUGCGCGCCGAGAACGAAGCGGGUGCCUCACCCUGGUCCACAGAGGUGAGCUACUGCACCGCUGCCGAGCGUCCCGGACGUCCGGGCAAGCCGCAGGCAAAGGGAAAAAUCCAUGGCACGCAAUUCAAAGCCAAGUGGGAGGCCCCCACGGACACUGGUGGUGCGGCCAUUAUACGUUACCACCUGGAGCUUAAUGCGGGCUCCCAGUUCGAGCGCAUUUACACAGGCGCUGAGACGGAAGCCAUGUGCGAGCGUCUGCAGCCAGGGCAUAGCUACCAACUACGCGCCUGCUGCGAGAACAUUGCGGGACAAAGCGCCUACUCCGAGCUGGGCCAGGUGACCACAGAGGCCGUGCCGCCAGCAGCGCCGCCGCCGCCAGUCUGCGACGCGCCGCCCACGCCGUAUGCAGCACUGCUGCGCCUCCAUGCGCCGCCACUCGACGGCGGUGCGCCCGUUCUAGAGUACGAGGCGCAGCUGCGACGGCCAGACGAGCCGACGCCGCAGUCUGUCUAUCGCGGCAAGCUCGACUACUUUGUGGCGCAGCAGCUGCUGCCUGGCCUGAGCUACGAAGUCGCCGCACGCGCCAUCAACCGCGCAGGAGCUGGCAACUGGUCCGCUUGGAUGCGCUUCAGCGCUGCAGCUGCGCCGCCCGCAGCGCCCAGUGCGCUGCGCGCACAAAUAAAGUCGGCGACGCAUGUGAGCAUCAGCUGGCAGCCGCCGUCGGUGACCAAUGGAGCCGCUAUAGCCAGUUACACCUUGCAGAGCGCCAGCCAUCCGCUGUCGGAGGCUCAGGUGGAGCCGCCCAGCACGGACUAUCAGCUGUGCUACCAGGGCGCUCAGAGCAGCGCCGAGCUGCGGCAGCUGUCGCCGUAUACGCGCUACUACUUGCGCGUGCUCGCGAGCAAUGCCGCAGGCGCAGGUCAGCACUCGGAGGUGGUGUGCGUAGAGACGCCAGCGGCAGUGCCCGCGGCGCCGCAGAUGCAAGGCUAUGAGUUUACCUCGCAGAAUGUGACGCUCAACUGGACGCAGCCGGCGGAGAAUGGUGCCAGCAUUUGCAGCUACAACAUCGAGUAUGGGGAGCGCACCAUUGCCACGCCGGAUGCCUGCACGCGGUACAUGGUGACGGGACUGACGCCGGAGACGAGCUACAAGUUUCGGGUGCAGGCAGUCAAUGCUAUGGGCGCUGGCGCCUUUAGCGCCUAUGCGAAGCUGACGACGCAGCCUGCACCGCCGUUGCCACCCAAACUGGAGUGCAGCGGCGCUGGACACAACUACAUCAAGCUUAAGUGGGGCGAGCCCGGCAGCAACACCAGCGCCAAUGUCAAGUUCUGUGUGGAAAUGUAUGUGGCGCGUGCCAAGCAGUUCCAGUGCGUCUACUCCGGCAGCAAUUGCAUGUGCAAGGUGCACAAGCUCCAGGAGCGCAGUGCGUACACUUUUCGCAUUUACGCGCACACAGAUUGCGCCGGCGAUGGCGACUACUCCGAGGAGUAUGUCUUCCAUACCAAUCCCACACUGCCGGCGAGCAUCAAAGCGCCGCGUGUGCUGCAGGAGAGCAGCGUCUGCCUGCUGAUGCCGUCGGGUCAGCUGGCCCUGCAGCUCACCCUGGAGUGGCAGCACUCGAAGAACACUUUCCACGAUCGCAUCGAGUACGAGCUGCAGUACGUGGACGGCAGCAACGAGGGCAACCAAGACUAUCGCCCACUCUUCCGCGGCGCCGAGACCAAGUUCACCAUUGACAAUCUCAGCGCGGGCAGCUGCUAUCAGUUCCGCGUCUGUCCGCUGCGCAUAACGGCAGCGGGCGAGGUGCUCUCCGGACAACCGUCGAGCUCGCUGCGUUAUCAGGUGCCCGCACAGCUGCAGCUCAGCAGUGCGGCUAGCGUGGCUGCCUGCCAACACUUACAUGGCGCCAAUGGCAACCAAGCGACGGCGGCGGCGCCGUCGCAACAGCUGCGCAGCAGUCGCAAACUGUCGGCGGCCAAUGGUGGCUUGCACUUGCGCUCGGUCAGUGCCUCGGCCAUAAGCAACAACAGCGGCGUGGGCGCGGAUACGCAGGCGAUCAGUCGACUGCAGCAUGAGUUGGGCAGCUUCAAUGGCUGUGCGGAUCCCUUGCAUCAUCAUCACCACCAUCAUCAUCACCAUCAUGCGCAUCAGCCUUGCACGGCGGACGCGAGCAGCGCAGCGUCGUCGGAUGGAAACGGCUCCACGCUGCUGCUGCGCGGCAAUCAUAUGCAUCAUCAACAUCACUUGCAUCACUCGCACCACCAGCAUCAUGGACAUCAUCCACACAGCAGCGGCUCAAGCGGCGCCGGCGGCGGCGUCGCAAGCAGCAGCAGCGCCGCUGGAAGCAUCAGCAGCAGCCUGGCUAGCCAUGGCAGUCUGGUGCGGCGUCUGGUGGCCAAGUUGAUGUCACUGCAUAGCAGCCGCAAGCGUCUGACGGAUAACCAGAAGGCCGUCUGUAUUGUUGUGUCCUUUGUGUUUGUUGCCUUUCUCUUUGCCAUGCUCGUGCACAUGCUCUACGGCUGAGCUGGGGCUUAAGGAGACGGACAGAGAGAGUAGGGGGAGAUUUAGGGAGGAUAGGGAGUGGCAAAUGUUCUCUUUUUUAUGAUAUAUAUAUGUAUACAUAUGCGACAGCACACAACUGUAAAUUGAAUAAUUUUAACACAGAAAUCUAUAAGCAUUUUGUACAUAUGGCUAAAUAUAUAAUUUAUGUACACACACACAAUACGCAUACGCAUAUAUGUUUACAUGUGUGGGUGUGUCUAUGUUAGUUUAACUUUCACUCACAAAAACGGCUUCACAAUUGUGGCAUACAAACAUUCAAACAUACAUACACACAUACAUACAUCUAUGCAUAUAUAUAACAUACAUACCUACAUGUUGGCAUAUGCUCUAACGAAAAGUAUGAAUUUAUUAGACUAUGCUCUAUUCCUAAUUAAAGCAACUACUGUAUAUCUUUCUCACUCCUAAUAAAUAUAUAAACCAAGUGCAUAGCAUUA